AUGUAUGAAAAAAGGGAAUUGAAAAAUGCCAUAAAAAAUCUUGAAGAGGAAACCGCGGCUUUUGAAGAUUUUCUGAAAGAAAAGGAAAAAGCUGCAUUGGAUGCCGAAAAAACGUAAACCCCUGUUUAUUGUUUGAGAUUUUCAGCACAUAUCUAAAAGCUCAUUUCUCCUAAUUUUAUCUGUUUGUUUUUAGCGUAAAUCAAGCGACUAAAGCAAAGCUUGAUAAAAAGGCAGAAAUACGGAAAACUACAGAGGAGUUAAUGGCAAUUAAGAGGUAAAGAUUAAAUUCUAUUUUAUUUCUAUAGUGACUGAUGUAAUGAAAAUCAAAUUGCAAACGCGAUGACCAUUAAAACGGGAAAACUGCAGUUCAUUUGUUUUAUGUUAGAUUUAAAGGGGAAAACUGCAGUUCAUUUGUUUUAUGUUAGAUACACUUUGAAUUGAUUAUAUUGUCAAACAGAAGUCAAAUAAGGAAGAAUGAAAAAAAAAAAAAGUUCUGAGUAAGGGUUUAAAUGCUCAAAAUGCAUCAGACUUAAGGUGCAAUGAGGUCUUUUGUCCCGUAGACAUGCCGACUGUCUGCUGCCAUCUUUAUGGCUGUGAGAAGGGACUUUAACUUAAAAAUGACUAACGCAGUGGGUUGGUUGAUUUAACUAGAGGGCUGCGAUCUCUUCUAUGCAUUGAAAAAUUUGAUUUUAACCCCUUAAGGACACAUGACGUGUGACAUGUCAUAAUUCCCUUUUAUUCCAGAAGUUUGGUCCUUAAGGGGUUAAAGGAACAUUGCAAGCAUCAUAACCACUACAGCACAUUGUAGUGGUUCAAGGGAAAAAGAAAGAAAAGGAGGGGGGUGCUAGAAAAGUAAUAUCACAAUAUUAUACUUAUAUCUGUACAUCAGUUAUUCAAUCAGUAGCUUACUGGAUCAAUCUAAAAAAAAUAAACAAAAUGUACAUAGCAUAAUACUGUAUAGAGAGACUGUAUAUCAACAGUAUUUGGUAUUGAGUCACUCACGAUCUGUAGAGCCUUAAAUAGCAAGCUCUGACUGUAUUUGCUCCUCAAAUGAUGUCAGCCAGACUGCUUCAUCCAGCGAAGUCAGCUUCUAAUUCCUCUAAAUACUCUUCCAAUCACACCACAACUCGGGUAGCCAAGUGGGUAAAUAUAUGAAGAGAUUUAUUACAAUAUAGAUACAAUUAAAACAAAGAAUAAAAAACAUACAGGGCACAACGUGUUUCGACUUUCGUCUUCUUCCAAGGUGCAUAUGAUACAACCGAUCACAGUCUCAUUAAAUAGGUCCGGUAAACUCCGAAAUUCCCGGGUAAAAUUUGAUCGACUUCCGUGUUGUGACGUCACUUCCGUGUUGUGACGUCACUUCCGGGUUCCGUCGGCGUCACUUGCGUCAAUAACGUCAUCACGGAUUGGUUUAUAAUUUACUCUUCAACCCGGAUGUUGUUGUGUUUAGACGCCAUCUUUGAAGGUGGCAUCUUAUCUUUAUAAGUCCGCUUAUUUAUAGAAAAAAAUUAACCGAUACCAGGUCACAUCAGUCCACAUUUUCACAAUAAAUAAAAUACAAUCAACAGUAAGAUGUAUUAUUUUAUAUUUUAUACAUCCAUACAUCUAAUUUUAAAAAUCUAUAAGUUAUUUGAUUUACAGCAUAAGGAGAAAACAUUCUUUGGGAGAAAAAACACCCAUUAAAAAUAAAAGUUCAUAUUAAGGAUACUUCAGAAAUCCAUAUGAAGAAUAUAUAAAAAGUAUAUGAACAAUAUGCAGUCUAUAUAAAAGUAUAAAGAAUAUAUAUUUAAUAUAGAAAUAAUAAAAAAAAGCCAAAAAUUGAUAAUAUAAAAAUACAUAUGGGAAAACUCAUAAAAAAUAUAAUUAUUAUUAUUAUUAUUAUUAUUAUUAUUAUUGCCAUUUAUAUAGCGCCAACAGAUUCCGUAGCGCUUUACAAUAUUAUAAUUAAUAUAUAUUUAUACCUAUAUAAUAACAAUAAAUAUAAAAAUAUAAAUAAGUAUAAAAAAGUAUUAACAUUCUUCCACUAUAAAAAAUUUACUAUUAUAAAAAUUAUUUUAAAAAGUAUUUAAAAAAUAUAUUAGAGAAAAUAUAUUAUAUCAGGGCUGCCAUCUCAAAAUCCACGUUGAGUCCGCCCGGAGCCAGGGUUUCUAAAUCAAAAAUCCACCUCAUCUCACAGCGACUCAAAGUGGACUCGAUCUGGCCUCCUCUCCAAAUAGGUUUAAUAGUCUGAAUUCCAUAAAAAGUAAGCCCAGUGGGAUUCCCACCAUGGGCAUUAAAAAAGUGUAGGGAGACAUUAUGUUUCAAAAAACCUCUCCUUAUGUUGUAGAUAUGUUCACGUAUCCUUGUUUUUAGGUUUCUUGAUUUUUUCCCCGCAUAUUGGAGUCCACAAGGACACGUGAGCAGAUACACCACAUUUUUAGUGUGACAGGUUCCACUCAUUGGAAUUUAGAAAAUUAAAAAAUUCUAAAAAAGGAGAAUGGUCUCCCCUCCAGAUCAUAAAAAUGUCAUCUAUGUAACGUCUAUAUAGGACCAGAUUCGUACUCCAGGCAUGCUGGGAGUAAACAAAAUGAUUCUUCCAAUAAGCCAUAAAUAAAUUUGCAUAACUGGGUGCGAAUCUGGUCCCCAUAGCCGUCCCCCGACGUUGUAAAUAGUAGUCUCCUUCGAACCAAAAAAAAAUAUUUAGAAGAAUUAGGGAAAUUCCCUCCAUUACAAAGUCAAUUUGUUCCUUAGGAUACAGGCCACAUACUUCCAAAAAUGAAUGAUUGGCUCUGCAUCCUAUGUCGUGGUCAAUACAAGUGUAUAGACUAGUAAUGUCACACGUAAUAAAUGAGAAAUCACUUUCCCAUCAAAAAUCUUUCAAUAUUUGUAAUAAACUCAUAGAGUCCUUUAAAUAUGAAGGGUUUUCUUUUACUAGCGGUUGAAGAAGAAUAUCUAUAUAUUUAGAUAAAUUGGAGAGGAGUGAUCCCACUCCGGAGACUAUAGGUCUCCCUGGGGGAUUACUAAUAUCUUUGUGGAAUUUUGGUAGUACGUAGAUCACUGGAAUUUUUGAAGACCUAAUAUUUAGAUAAUCAUACUCCUUUUUAUUUAGGAUUCCCUUCAGAAGGCCUUUAUCUAAAUAAUCUACAAAAAACUUUUGGAUGUCUUGUUGUGGAUUUUUAUUUAGUCUUACAUAAGUGUCCUUAUCAUCUAAUUGUCGAUUGAUUUCUAAAAUAUAUUUCUCCUCCCCCCUUAUCUGCAGGUUUUAUCACUAUCUCUGCAUCUUUUUUUUAAAUUCUGUAUUGCCAAUAAUUCUGAUUUGGUAAGAUUAUUCUUUUUGUUAAUCUUUAUCUUCUUUAUGUCUUUGAUACAUGCCUUUUCAAAGACUUUCAUAGAGUUAGAUUUUAGGUGGAAGGAUAAAAGGAGGAAGGGGCCUUUAGUUCUGUGUGUACAAAUUGCUCUGUGUCUCUUUUGUUUAAAUUUCCUAUAUUAGGUUUUUUAUCAAAAAAAUAUUUUAUACACAACUUUCUCAUGAACCGAUUAAUAUCUGUAUAAGCAUCGAAUUGGUCAAUAUUACAACUCGGAACAAAUUUAAAACCUUUCCCUAAAAUUUUUAUCUGAUCAUUGUUUAAAACUUUUUUAGAGAGGUUAAAAAUCUUUAUCUCCUCAUUAUUUUCCCUCUUGGGUCUCUCCAGUCUCUUUCCUCCCCUAUUUCCCCUUCUUCUAAAUCCCUGUAUCUCCUUUUCACAGGGACCGGAGUUUUCUCAAGGGGUUCGUCCCAACGUUUCUCUAAAAAAGGGAUACUCCUCUUUUUUUCUAUUUCGUUCAGGGGUUCAAACUGGUUUGAUGUGGAAAUCUCUCUCCUAUAUCUUGGGGAAAAUCUUUGACUAUGUUCGGGAUAUUUUUUCUCACAAUUAUAUUGAUUUCCUUUUUUAUAAUCGUGAUUUUUAGAGACUGUUUGGGUGUUAUGGCUAUGAGAAUCGUAGUAAUUAUUUGUUCCUACCCUUCGUUUGUGACUUUUAACUUCUGUCCACUCUGACACAGAAUUAUGUGUCCUUGGUGGUCUGUUUGGAAUUUGAUUGGGAACAUAAUUAUUCGUAAAGUGUUUCUUUUCAUUUCGCUGGUUUCUAUCUCUAGGUAUAAAUUUCCCUUGAUUGAAAUUAUCUCUCGGUUUCUUUCUAACAUUAUUGGUAGCGUAAUCAUUAAUAUCCCGUUGAUAUUUUCUCUUUUUAUUAGUAAUAAUAAUGGACUCCAAUUUAUCUAAUUUUCCAAUAAUUGGAUCAGAAAUCAAUUCAAAAUCCCUAGUUCCAAUAUAGGGUUCUAAUUUGACACGAAUUUCUUUAAUAAUCUUAUCUAAGACUUCUAAAUUCCUUUUCCUUUGUUCGACUAUAAUCUGCAUCAUGGUUAUCGAGAAGGACUCCAAAGCCUUUUCCCAUAUAUCCAUGAAUCUUUUAUCAUCUCGUUCGAACGUGGGAUAUUUAGUGAAACGGAGUCCUCUAGGGGUUAUUUGGUCACUUAAAUACUUUUCCAUCGUGAAUACUUCCCACUUAAUUUUUAGUUCUUUAGUUAACAAUUUUUCCAGUAGUAUACUCAUUUCUUUCAGAUUAUCAGUAAUUUUAUAUUUUUCUGGAGUUUCAACCUCUAUUUCUUGUAAAAUUUAAUCUGUCCAUCUUUGCAUUAUAAUCUAGCAGCUCACACCCUGGUGAUUUCUUCAAUAACAAUAAAUAAACUAAAUAUAUUUCCUGUUACGGAAAUAUAUACGGGUGGAUUGGCGCUAUUAGUGAAAAUGACAAUGAGAACAGCAACUACCCCCAAGUGCCAAGUAAAUCACCAAAGGCACUACACAAGUACAACAAGUGAAAAAGAUAGAAAAGGAGGGGAGUGCUAGAAAAGUAAUAUCACAAUAUUAUACUUAUAUCUGACAUCAGUUAUUCAAUCAGUAGCUUACUGGAUCAAUCUAAAAAAAAUAAACAAAAUGUACAUAGCAUAAUACUGUAUAGAAAGACUGUAUAUCAACAGUAUUUGGUAUUGGGUCACUCACGAUCUGAGUAAAUAGCAGGCUCUGACCGUAUUUGCUCCUCAAAUGAUGUCAGGCAGACUGCUUAAUCCAGCGAAGUCAGCUUCUAAUUCCUCCAAAUACUCUUCCAAUCACACCACAACUCGGGUAGCCAAGUGGGUAAAUAUAUGAAGAGAUUUAUUACAAUAUAGAUACAAUUAAAACAAAAGAGCCAAUCAUUCAUUUUUGGAAGUAUCUGGCCUGUAUACUAAGGAACAAAUUGACUUUGUAAUGGAGGGAAUUUCCCUAAUUCUUCGAAAUAAUUUUUUUUGGUUCGAAGGAGACUACUAUUUACAACGUCGGGGGACGGCUAUGGGGACCAGAUUCGCACCGAGUUAUGCAAAUUUAUUUAUGGCUUAUUGGAAGAAUCAUUUUGUUUACUCCCAGCAUGCCUGGAGUGCGAAUCUGGUCCUAUAUAGACGUUACAUAGAUGACAUUUUUAUGAUCUGGAGGGGAGACCAUUCUACUUUUUUAGAAUUUUUUAAUUUUCUAAAUUCCAAUGAGUGGAAUGUUACGUUGACUCGGGAAUAUAGCCAACAAAAAAUCCACUUUUUGGAUCUAGAAAUUUCCACCAAAGGAAACGCCAUUAAUAUAUGCACUUUCUUCAAACCAGUGGAUGUUAAUGGAUACAUCCACAAAGAGAGUUGCCAUUUCCAACCAUGGCUAGCCAAUAUACCAAAAGGCCAGUUUCUACGCAUGAGACGAAACUGUACAGAAGUAGAAGUUUUUGAUUCUCAAACUCAAUUUUUGAAAGAGAAAUUUGUAAAUAGAGGAUAUUGUGGCAAUUUUUUAGACCAGGAGAUAAAACAUGUUAGAGAUAUGGAAAGGGAUGCCCUAUUAAAAUAUAAACCAAAAAUUUAAUUGGAGGAGAAAAAUGACAAAAUACCUAUUAUUUUUUAAUUAUAAUCAAGAACAUGGGAAACUCAAAAGAAUUUUUAAUAAACAUUGGCACAUCCUACAACAGGAUGAAGAUAUUUUACCAUAUCUUAACGAUAGACCUAGGUUAAUUUUUAGAGGAGCUAGUAAUUUAAAACAGAAAUUAACCUCUAGUUAUUUAGAACUAUCUAAACCUAAAGAAAAUGUUCUAACCAGUAAUAAAGCCCUACAAAAAGGAUUCCAUUAUUGUGGGGAAUGUAUGGGUUGCAGGAAUUUCAAAAAGAAACCAAAACGAAUAGAUGCUUUUAAAUCUAGGAUUGGCUCUGUUAAUUUUAAGAUUAAUUCGUUUAUUACCUGUCACACUUAAAAUGUGGUGUAUCUGCUCACGUGUCCUUGUGGACUCCAAUAUGUGGGGAAAACAUCAAGAAACCUAAAAACAAGGAUACGUGAACAUAUCUACAACAUAAGGAGAGGUUUUUUGAAACAUAAUGUCUCCCUACACUUUUUUAAUGCCCAUGGUGGGAAUCCCACUGGGCUUACUUUUUAUGGAAUUCAGACUAUUAAACCUCAUUGGAGAGGAGGCCAGAUCGAGUCCACUUUGAGUCGCUGUGAGAUGAGGUGGAUUUUUGAUUUAGAAACCCUGACUCCGGGCGGACUCAACGUGGAUUUUGAGAUGGCAGCCCUGAUAUAAUAUAUUUUCUCUAAUAUAUUUUUUAAAUACUUUUUAAAAUAAUUUUUAUAAUAGUAAAUUUUUAUAGUGGAAGAAUUUUAAUACUUUUUUAUACUUAUUUAUAUUUUUAUAUUUAUUGUUAUUAUAUAGGUUUAAAUAUAUAUUAAUUAUUAUUAUAUUUUUUAUGAGUUUUCCCAUAUGUGUUUUUAUAUUAUCAAUUUUUGGCUUUUUAUUAUUAUUUCUAUAUUAAAUAUAUAUUCUUUAUACUUUUAUAUAGACUGCAUAUUGUUCAUAUACUUUUUAUAUAUUCUUCAUAUGGAUUUCUGAAGUAUCCUUAAUAUGAACUUUUAUUUUUAAUGGGUGUUUUUUCUCCCAAAGAAUGUUUCUCCUUAUGCUGUAAAUCAAAUAACUUAUAGAUUUUUAAAAUUAGAUGUAUGGAUGUAUAAAAUAUAAAAUAAUACAUCUUACUGUCGAUUGUAUUUUAUUUAUUGUGAAAAUGUGGACUGAUGUGACCUGGUAUCGGUUAAUUUUUUCUAUAAAUAAGCGGACUUAUAAAGAUAAGAUGCCACCUUCAAAGAUGGCGUCUAAACACAACAACAUCCGGGUUGAAGAGUAAAUUAUGAACCAAUCCGUGAUGACGUUAUUGAUGCAAGUGACACCGAUGGAACCCGGAAGUGACGUCACAACACGGAAGUCGAUCAAAUUUUACCCGGGAAUUUCGGAGUUUACCGGACCUAUUUAAUGAGACUGUGAUCGGUUGUAUCAUAUGCACCUUGGCAGAAGACGAAAGUCGAAACGCGUUGUGCCCUGUAUGUUUUUUAUUCUUUGUUUUAAUUGUAUCUAUAUUGUAAUAAAACUCUUCAUAUAUUUACCCACUUGGCUACCCGAGUUGUGGUGUGAUUGGAAGAGUAUUUGGAGGAAUUAAAAGCUGACUUCGCUGGAUGAAGCAGCCUGCCUGACAUUAUUUGAGGAGCAAAUACAGUCAGAGCCUGCUAUUUAAGGCUCUACAGAUCGUGAGUGACCCAAUACCAAAUACUGUUGAUAUACAGUCUCUCGAUACAGUAUUAUGCUAUGUACAUUUUGUUUAUUUUUUUUAGAUUGAUCCAGUAAGCUACUGAUUGAAUAACUGAUGUACAGAUAUAAGUAUAUUGUGAUAUUACUUUUCUAGUACCCCCCUCCUUUUCCUUCUUUUUCACUUGUUGUACUUGUGUAGUGCCUUUGGUGAUUUACUUGGCACUUGGGGGUAGUUGCUGUUCUCAUUGUCAUUUUUACUAAUAGCGCCAAUCCACCCGUAUAUAUUUCCGUAACAGGAAAUAUAUUUAGUUUAUGCAUUGUAGUGGUUAUCGUGCCAGGAGUGCCCUGAGACCCCUACAACUGUAAGCAGUCAAAUCUAUUUUAGAAUGGUUUGACUUGUUACCUGGGGUCUGCUGGGUGCCGUGCCCUACAUCCAUUACAGCCGAUCGAGUCCCAGGAGCUCUCUGUCUUUGCUAAGCCGGUCAGUGCAGGGCUUAGCUCAAAGCACUCAACCAAUGAGUUGGCGCUUGGCUAAGAAAAGCAAAAGGUAUCCCCUAAGCAGGAGAAUCUGGCUCUCCUGUAACUAUAGUGGGGGCUGUAAGCGGCACCCACCAGACCUUAGGUAAGAAGUCAAACUAUUCCAAAAUGGUUUGACUAUUUAUGGCACCAUAACCACUACACUGCCUCCAGUUCUCGUGUAGCGAUAGUGGAAGGCAGGGAGUGGCACCUGAUGCACCCCAGGUAAGAAAUCCAACCAGUUGUAGAAUGGCGUUGAUAUAGAAAUGUAUCAUGAAUAAGAUCAUCCAAGAGAUAACCAGAGGCUCCUAAUUAGGUGUUUGAGCGCUCAGAAGAAUUGAUAAUAAAACCACAGACUCUCUUCGUUGUAGCUUGAAUAUCAUCUCACCUUUAAUUGCAAAAGCAUUGCAUAUUUAUGACAUUCUACUGCGCAUGUGUACAAGAAAACAAGCAAUAAUUACUUACUUGUGAAGGUGUUAUCUAAACUAUGCUAGAAUACCAAGGUUAAAAACAAAAGUAACAUUUCAGAAAGGAAUGAGCUCCAAAGACUGGUGAUAGAAUCAGAAGUGAAGGAAUUAACUUUUAACCCUUUCAGAUGUGGAAGGACUUAACUAAGGCAAAGGUUUUAACCCUUUAUUUACCUUUAUCUAUGACAGUGUCACAACCUAGAAUGGGGACAUGACUACUACAUUACUAAUGGUUAUGGUUCUUUUAGAAACAAACCAUUCAAUGAUCAAGACACAUUCCAAGAACCAUAACUACUACAACAUAUUGUAAUGGACAAACAGUUUCACCAAAUUUUUUUUAGCAACUGUGUUUAUACUUUCCUAACCCUGGAAUCCCUACAAAAAGCUAUAGUGACUAUGGUCUUUGUAGUGUAUAUUUAAAUUUAAACCGGAAAAUAAUUUUAAAAAAAACCAUUUGAAUAUGGAAUGGAGGUAUCGCAAAUUAGAAUGUAAAAUCUGUGUAAUCAUGUCUUUUCAGUGACAUUGUGCUGUAUGAAGAGAUUCUCAAAGAGUACAAGCAAUGUGAAAAAAUUCUUACCGGCCUAUCCCCGGCUCAGUGGAAAGAUGAUCAAAUACAAAGGAAAAUAAACCAAAAAGCAUGCAGAAAGAAACUGCAGGUUGUUCUCCCACAGGCUAUGAGGAGUAUGUACUUUCCUGUUACUACUAAAAACUGAUAGAAACGGACUAUUACUGAAAUCUCUUUGUGUGGCACGUCUUUUCUGAGCCUCCAGGGUGGCUCUAUAUUCUUAUAAUGGUAGAGUGCGUUUAGCUCUUCUCGCUGAACCGAUUUUAUAACUUUAAACUCGCCCCUGUUUUAAAAGUUACUGAUACACAUGCCUUCCAGCAGUCCAUAUUCCGCCAGGACAGUCCUGAUUUUCGAGGUCCUGUCCUGACUUUGUUCCCUGGUGUUCCACUUUUUGGAGACGUCCGGUAACCGUCCCCAAAAAACAUAGCGUGAGCACAUCAUUACUACGCUCAGGACACUAGUAACCUAAAGAGAGCACUGCAACAGCACACGCUGCAUGGUCUGCCAUUGGUUUGCUGGUCUGCUCCUUUGGGCCGUGCCAGAGAUGCGAUUUGUGGCACUGGCCGGCCCCCCUUAUACCCUGCCCAACGGUCACCUGCUUUACAGGAUGCUGAUGGUCGGGGUGGGGGGGAUAUGAGUACAUAAACUAUGAAGUUUUAAGGAACUGGAUGGGAGAAUGCAGAGUGGGAAGAUUCUUUAUAGUAUUCGUCCCCGGGAUUCUAAUAUAAGAAAAGAGUGUCUUAGAUAUUUUACUAUUUAAAGCAUCCUAUCCUGUCUACGUAUAAUGACUUCUCCUUACCUGGUGAAAGGCAGAGCUUUAUACCCCUUUAAUAAAAAAAUGUUAAGAGGGGCAGGGCUGAGCAGCCGAGUGAGCAGGCUGCAGACUAGCUGAGCUCCUGCAUCAUAACUUGGAAUUAAGAGAUUAAACCUUCUAUUUCACUGUUCUACUGCACCUAAUUUCACUAGCUGAUCCUGCUAAGGCUCCCGGUAUGCUUUGGACUAUUCCAGCCUGAAAUUUGAGUGAUGAAGGUCUGAAUUUCAACACUGAGGCCUGGUGGAUGUCUAAUAACCCGUCUUCGGAUCCAACAAGUACAUUUUCCCCACCACCCCCUUUCCGGACCGGUGGGGGUCAUUGUCCACUACGGCAUCACUCUUUGACUAGCUCAACACUACAGGGCCCGUAUUAGACACAUGCUACUCACUCACAAUGUCAGCUGGGUAUGAUAAGAAGGCUUCCGAGAUAUGCAAGUGCAACCUCCCUGCGGAAUCCUUGCCCGCUUUGACAAAUUCUGUGCAAAAGUUUGGCUUCGUUGCAGUCAAGACAGAAACUAGAGGCUGGAGCACAGAAAAUGCACUCUUCCUCUCAUGGCCACAUGGCGGGAAGCCAUCGUGUAAUCAAGAUGGCGCAAUUUUGGAGCUACCACUCACAUCUGAACCAGCAACCAUCAUGGAGAACUGUGACCCGACAUUGUCAGUGCACACAAUAGUGCAGUAAACCAAGGCAAGCAAGUGUACCGAGUGGUCAUCCACAGACCCAUCUAUCCUUGCGGAGGCUGUUUGUACCUGCUGACAUGCUGCACGCGGCAUGACAGAUCUCGACUGAGGUUGUAUCAUGACCUUCCUUCCUUGGCUUUCACACACUGCCUUCAAAUCAGGCAUCGGCUGAUUACCACGGACAGAGCCAGGAACUCGUCCAGCUUACACCCAGAUAAAUGUGUCUCUCUAGCUUGAUUUGUCCACACAGUUUAUUCUAACUCUGGGGCUUGCUAAGUUUCUGUGCAUUGCUGGUCUUAUCUUGUACUCAGGACACACUACCUACACAGGGACCUUACCAUCAGUACCUCUUGAUAAAUGGAUAUUCUUCAAUUCCUUUAAUUUUCGUAGAAACGUAGAUUUAUUUCGAAAAUUAGUUCAGUAUAAAAAAAGAAUGUAAAUGGAAGAGUGUAUAUGGGAGGACUGUCUGUGGCCUUUUUGUAAACUGUGUCGUUUCGAAGCUAUUUUAUGACUUUGUGUGUAUGAUGAUUGUCUUUAAGGGUGACUGUGACAGUAUGAGUAAAGAGGUAACUGUGGCAUGAUGAAUGUGACAGGACAAGGGAAUGAAUGAGACAGGGUUGGGGGAUGAUUGUGACCUGGUGGGAAGAGGUUGUGUUAUAGGGUGAGAGGAGGUAAGUGUGACAUGAUUAGGGGGUUAAUGUGACAGGGUGAAUGUGGCAUGGUUGGAGGGUCAGUAUAACAGGGUUGGGGUGGGUGUGGCAUGGUUGGAGGGUCAGUAUAACAGGGUUGGGGUGGGUGUGGCAUGGUUGGAGGGUCAGUAUAACAGGGAUGGGGUGGGUGUGGCAUGGUUGGAGGGUCAGUAUAACAGGGUUGGGGUGAAUGUGGUAUGGUUAGAGGAGUAAGUGUAACAUGGCAAGGGGAGGUGAAUGUGACAGGGUUAAGGGGGACUAAUUGACAGGGUGAGUGUGACAGAGUAAGGGGGUGAGUCUGACAGGAUUAAAGGCGCUAAUGUGACAGGGUCAGUGUGGCAGGGUCGGGGCAGGAUGAGUGUAACAGGAGUGCAGGGCUUAAUGCGACAGGGUGAGUGUGAUAGGGUGAAGGCGGAUGAGUGUGAUAGUGCAAGAUACUUCAAUUUGCAGUUCUGCACCCGGCGGAGCUGCGGACUGACUGUAGUGCUGGCUCUCUCUCAGGGCAGACUGAGGGAAGGGCCUUGCACUGGGCGGCAUAAUGGGCAAGCUGCGGGGCCUCAGCCGUAGACCGAGGACCUAACAUGUUAGUCUGCCUUAAGGCGAUUUAGGAAGCUGCGAGGCCAUAGGCCUAAUUAGAGAGCUGCCUCUCCUGGGUCGCAACUAUAGUCAUUGUGGGCCAGAAGUUUGACAUGCCUGCUGUAGAAUGUACACUAGCCUGUCUCAUAAAUGCUCACUUACUUUUCUUUCUCACCUGCAUCUAAUAGUAAGCUUUUAAACGUGUUGCUCACUUUUCAUAUAUCUUUGAUUUCUACCUGCUGCUAUACAUUUUUAUUUAAUUUUUUUUGUGAACAUGUUUAUUAUAUUUUCAUAAAUUGUGCAUUUCCAUAAUUUGCCAACACACUGUAUGUAUUUACAUGUUUGCAUAAGCUUAUUUUUCGCUGUUGUGACAUUACAGGCCUGAUUGUUCAUCAAUGCACAAAACAAAAUAAAGAUUGACAAAAAAAAAAAAAUGUUUAAUUGUAUAUUGUUAUAUAUAAUUUUAAAUUAAAAAGUGAAAAUGAUGAGUAAAAGAGAAUGUGUUUUUACUGGUCCCUUUUUUUUUUAGAAACGGAUAACAAAUUCCAUAUACUGGUCCAUACGUUCAGGAUUACCUUGGUAUCGGACUCAUACAAUGAGGGACAAAAAACAAUCAAACAUACAAAAAUCAGUGAUGUAAUAUAAUUACAAUACGGACAACUGGAGUAAUUAAAUUUAAUUUCAACAGUACUAUAGAACUCUAUAACGAUGGUUGGAAUUUUUAAAACUCUCCUUAAAUAUCGCUGAACAAAAACAUAGAAAUAUAGACCCAUAAUAUUUUAGAUUUAAUUUAUUAAACUCAAUAUAGUUUAUUUCUAUAUCUCAUCUAGUGAUCAAAAACAAAUCUAUGAAACUAUAAUAAAAAAAAAAUUUCUCUCUCUGUGCAGGAUUAUCAAUCAAACCAACAAGAAGAGGCACUUUACCGGACUUGAGUUUGCCUCCUCCACGUAAAUCCAUUAUAGCAAUGAGAACGUUAUCGGCAAUCAGGUCAGUGCAGCAGAAAUAGAAGAAAAUUAAAAGUCUCAAACGACCACGUCAGUCAUAAUACUUUUUCACAUAACUUUUUCCCCCCUCCUUAUUUUUUAAUAUAAUUUACCAAAACUAAUCAGUUUUUCUUCACUUCCCAGUAUUUUUAAUAUAGUUUACUUGUUUUUAUACCGUAUUUAAAAAAAAAAAAAAAAAGUAUGCAUUUUUGAUGUGUGAAAUAUAAAAUUUUAGAAAUCUAUCUAGCAGUCCGCAUAGAGACAACGUAACGAGAUGAGGAGUAAUGAAAACAAUCAGGGUUAUGUAUAAAGUGUUAAAUUCAGUUUUACUUAAGAUGUAAAUUUGUUAACCUUUCUUCACUCAAGGUGUGGUCUUUCCAGUGAUAUAUAAAGAGGCAAAAUUGUAUUUUCAACCCAGGAAUUAUUGACCCAGUUUAUACAUGACAAUUCCUUACUGGCCAUAGCCACUGCUGAUUGACAUUGUAUAUUAUUGCAUAUAACAAUUAGCAAAUCCUUCUCAAUUGUAGUUUUCCCGAAUUCAGUACCAUUUAGGGUAUAAUUUGCUUGGGCAUUCUUUACCCCAAAGUGCAUAACUUUGCAUUUAUCUACAUGGCUUCUAUGUCUGGGACAUAACUCAAUAAACUUGGAGAUGAUUGUUAUUAACCACCAGACAACAGGGUGCUGUGUAUGAACCCCAAAACAUGAACCCCACAUGUACAUAUUACAAAUUAUACAUCCCCCCCAUACAUGGCUAGCUCCCAUAAGUAAACUGUCAAAAAAGCACUCGUAUCUGAGGUAUGUAGCCCAAGUAAUCAAGUUAAUUUCUUGCGAGAUGCGGGUAACCUCCGAACUGACAAGGAGUUCCAGUCUGUGGCCAGUCAUAAAGAAGUCGCUCCAGCUCUGUAGAAGGGAGAAGUGGACCUCCCCUGUUACUUUCCCAAGUUUUUGUUAGCACUUCACCUCCUUUAGCUUCCUUCCAUUUGGCUCUCUUCUAGGUGUCCUUGUGUAGGACCAGUGUGUGUUGAAAGUUGUACCGGGUAGCAGCGGGAACUCUGGCUGGGUGGGAGCUCCGGGUGGUUGGUACAAAGCUCCUGCUUGUGCAGUUCUGACUUUCCUGGUCAACAAGAACAAGCUAGAUGAACACAUGGAGGUGGAUGCAAUGGUGUGACCAUGCUGUUUUUUGGGAAGGGGAGGGGAGAGGGGGUUGCAUAGAGUCCUGCAUCAAUUGUCUGUGUGAUCAGAGCAGGCUAUAUAUCACAGAUAACAUUAACAUGAUUUGGCAAAGAUUUGACAAUAAUUCUAAACUCUAUCAAACUUGAUUCUACUCUUAUAAGGACACACCUAACACCAUAAAACAUAUGUUCUUUGCUUGCUGUAAGAAGAGUUUGUCCACUGUCUCCCACACGGUUGCUAAUAACUGCAAAAAAUUGCUGCAGCCAUAAGCCCACUCUCUCAAUGACAAAUAUAGCAGGAGAAACUAACCUUCUAUUCUGCCGAACUAAGUCUUUCUGACGCGUGCAUGCGCUAAAGAAAUACCAGCCCAGCCUGAUAGGGGAUGACGGGAUCUACUGGAGGGUCCUAAGCUGCACAUUGCAUAAAUACAAGUUGUAAAAACAGAAAUAUAUUUUACAAGUAAAACACUGUGUUAAAACUGUCGUUGCAGACGUUUCAAGAGGUCCAGUAUCUCUUUGGACAAGGGACAGACAGACGAUUCAGAAAGUGAAGAGGUAUGUACAUUGGGAGUCUAAUCAAAUGUAUUUGGAGAAAAAUAUAAAAAAAAAUUCUUGGUUUGUUUCCUUUUUACCCAAAAAUAAAAGGUUAAUAAAUUUUGCUACAGUCAAUUAAACAUUUUACUUUGUGCUGCAAUCACAUCAUUUGAAUAAAUAUUAAUAAUUUGAAACAUGGCUUAGGACACAAUGUUGUGUCAUUACCCUUUAUUUUUCACCCAUGUCCAUUAUACAUGUUCAGGAAAGGGGGCAGGGUUUCCAAUGGCUGGGGGAACUGAGUUAGGGAAUAUGUAUGCAGAUAUUUAAUCCCCUGUUCCCUUGCACUAUCCAUGUGUUUUGAAUUUGCAAUAGAUGACACCAUACAAGACUGCUCAGGACUUUGGUGUGAAGGUGCCAGACUUAGCUUUCCGAAGCCAUUAUUAUAGUGCACGAGUCUCCAACUACUUGGUGUAGGGGAGGGGGGAACAAGACAGCAUCUCAUUUACAAGACUGUCUAGUCAGAUACCUGGCGAAUACUUAAUGUCAUGUAUCUGGCACCUUCAUUACCAAAUAAUAGAAAUGACAAAGCCCCUCCCCCUCCUUUUUUCUGUUUUACUUUUAUGUUCUAAGGCGAUAAGCACUAAGUGCAAUUACUGGGACCUGCGCGUCCCUAUAAAUGCCUUCUUAUGAUCUGAUACGACUGAAAUUUAAAUACUGGAAAUACCUAAUAAAAUAUGUAUUCACAAAAAAAAAGAAAUGACAAAGGAGCAGGACUAGGGUAAUGCAGUGUGGCCGAGCCUGUAUCUGUGUGUGGGGGAGGCACAUUGACAAGUAAAGAUCAUCAUAUGAGAAGACAACUUGGCCAGUGGCCCCAAGGUGAAUUACAUUUGGGACCCCUACUGUAUUUUAACCAGCCAGGGAAAAGAAGAGCAAGAGAGAGAGGUAUUCUGCUCCCUUGCACUGCAUCUGAGGAUAUUCUUGACAUAUUGGUCCAUUUUACAUGGGAGUCCCAGGUCUCUAUGCCAUCCUCUAUAACUAUCGCUGCUUUGUUACUGGCAGUGCUGUCUGAGCAAGGAAUGUAUUCUAGAAAUGAAAAAGGGGAGAGACAAUGUAGAAACAUAGACUGUGAUGGCAGAUAAGAACCAUUUGGCCCAUCUAGUCUGCUCACUUUUCUAAAUACUUUCAUUAGUCCCUGGCUUUAGCCUUAUGUCUAUCCCACACAUGCUUAAACUCCUUUAGUAUGUUAACCUCUAACACUAAUCCUAAAAAUAUUCAAAUGCAGAAGUGGAUCAACUCAUAAUGAGUUGAAUUCCAUAUUCCAACAGCAUCAGUGGUCCCUACAUGUUGUCUUCUCCUUCUCAAGUGUGAACCACACAGUGUGAUAAGCUUUGGUCUUGCAACAAAGUUAAGGACAGGCUCACAUAGCCACAGCUACCAUUGUGCAGCUGCAUAUAUUCAAAACCACAUUUACUCAUUCUUUUAAAUCAGAGGUUGAAAACAGUCAUUUCAUAUUGGUAUUGUAUUAUAAGAUUUUUCUUUAUUAAAUGCUGAUAAAGCAGCCCCUCAUACAGUUUUAUCUGUUAGACAUUUUAUUUUAGAAUCUGUUCUUUAGGAAUUGGAGUUGUACUUCACUGCUCCAAAACAGCUGCUUGAUGCUUUCGUAGAUCUAGAAGACCAGAAUAUAAGUUUGACCAAGUAUGCUCAAGAACUGGAUGAAGACCUAAAAGCUUUGCGAAGAAAAAACCAACGUAAACAGAAAACAGAGUGCGUAUAUUUCAUACUAAUACUAAUGCGUGCGAUACCUGUGAGAAUUCCCUCUUUACAGUAAAAUGAUCAGAAAGGCUAACUUGUAUUAUGGCAAUUAAAGGACCACUCUAGGCACCCAGACCACUUCAGCUUAAUGAAGUGGUCUGGGCGCCAGGUCCAGCUAGGAUUAACCCAUUCUUUUAUAAACAUAGCAGUUUCAGAGAAACUGCUAUGUUUAUGAAUGGGUUAAGCCUUCCCCCAAAUCCUCUAGUGGCUGUCUCAUUGACAGCCGCUAGAGGCACUUGCGUGCUUCACGCUGUGAUUUUCACAGUGAGAGCACGCCAGCGUCCAUAGGAAAGCAUUGUGAAUGCUUUCCUAUGUGACCGGCACCCUCAGGGCACUAUAGUGCCAGGAAAACGAGUAUGUUUUCCUGGCACUAUAGUGGUCCUUUAAAUUGCAGUUUCCACAAAUUUCACCUUCAUUCCCUUUAAAGACAGAAAAUCAAGCUGCAACUAUGGUAGAUGAUUUUUCAAAAACGGCUAUGUCUGGUCAAAGAUUGCAAUUCAGUCUCCAAUUCAACAAAACCUGGUGAUUGGCAAAUAAACCCAUUGCCUAAUAACUGGUUUAUUAACGUUGAUGCUAGCCUCAUCAACAUUUUCUUUUUCUGCAAAUAGUAUAUGUAUUGAUAGGUUUAAAGCCAGCUGGCAUGACCAGGGGAAUCUGUCUGCUCUGUGUUUUUAUAGAGAGCGGAAAAUAAGCAUUUUAAAAGAACAAGUGGAAUCGCUUACGGAAGCUUGUGUCAGAAAAGAAAAAAAAGUUAAAAAGCUAAAAGCAGGAAUGUUUUCCCUUGACGGGUCAAAACCAGACACACAGGUAAUUUUAUACAGAUUGAUAGGCAAUUCUAAAAACACAAUUAAACUUUUACCAGUGUUUCGAAUUGUUCUUAUUAGGCUGCAAUGCUUCAAACAAUAAAGGAAAAGAUUGCGGAGGUGUACAAAGCGUGCAUCGGUGAGAUUCAGGGACCUUUCGACGCCAUGAAUAUGCUAGCAGGAAUCGAGCACUGUUUCGAAGAAAUACUUGAAAAAUUUGAACUCAUGCCACCAGACAUUCUAGAAGUUGCUGAAAAGAGAAAACUGAGAGAACAGAAAAAGAGGUAAUAUAUAUCUACGUAGAAAAAAGAGAGCAAGGAACACAACGUUCCAAGUCCCUGUAUAGCCGCCGCACCCACCACCUCAAAACCUCCCCAAAAGGGGGGCAGUGGCUGCAGGGGUCACGCAGAGACCAACGUACCAGUAUGAGACUCCAGCUGUCUCAGAGGGGCUUAACCCCAAAUAUAAACACAAGAACAAAGAAAUAUGCAGACCGUCUCAAUUAUAUGAAUGAAACUUACUGCAUUGACUGGAAAAAAUAUAUCUAUGUAUAGCGCGAUGUUCCAAAUAUAGAACCUGGCUAUUAGAAAUAAUAUGGUCAGAGACCCUAAUUAGACAAAGUAUAUACAAGUAUAUAGAGACUUAGCUACUUAGCUACUUAGCUACUGUAUACUCCUAUCCCUAUAGCAGAUCACAAUAAAGCUUAAUUAAAAAGGGGGAGUGAGGUUAUUUUUUUUACUACCUCUUGAUUUAUACUACCCUGGGCUGGCAUAGGAUUGUAGGUUCACUUGUAUAUACUUUGUUUAAUUAGGGUCUCUGACCAUAUUAUUUCUAAUAGCCAGGUUCUAUAUUUGGAACAUCGCGCUAUACAUAGAUAUAUUUUUUCCAGUCAAUGCAGUAAGUUUCAUUCAUAUAAUUGAGACGGUCUGCAUAUUUCUUUGUUCUUGUAUAUCUACGUAGAGGUACAGAUAUAACUCUGUGAUGGAGUUAUUGUAAUAACCGUUAACUCACGUAUAUAAGGAAUGGAUUGUAUCUACAUUGCUGAAAAGAUAUAGAUUCAGCAUAUCUAUUGUUUUUAAAAUGAACAUUUGACAAAAAUCACAAUAAAAAGUCUCAAUGAAACAACACAUAAUUAGCAUGGUUUAAAGGGACACUAUAGUCACCAGAACAACUACAGCUUAUUGAAUUUGUUUUGGUGAGUGCAAUCAUUUCCUUCAGGCUUUUUGCUGUAAACACUGUCUUUUCGGAGAAAAUGCAGUGUUUACAUUACAGCCUAGUGAUAACUUCAUUGGCCACUCCUCAGAUGGCUAUUAGAGAUUCUUCCUGGGCCAUGGCUGCCUAAAAUGCAUCCAAACAUUCAGUAUCUCCUCCCUCUGCAUGCAGACACUGAACUUUCCUCAUAGAGAUUCAUUGAUUCAAUCUAUCUCUAUAAUGGGAUGCUGAUUGGCCAGGGCUGUGUUUGAAUCAUGCUGGCUCUGCCCCUGAUCUACCUCUUGUCAGUCUCAGCCGCCAAUCCUAUGGGGAAGCAUUGUGAUUGGAUCAAGCCACCACUUCUAAUAAUGUCAGCAGACUGCUUGUUUUUCUGAGUCUAACAUCAUGCAGAGUUACAGCUUCAGGCUUGAAUAAAGUAAGAUUUUGCUAUAUUUAUGGAGGCAUAAGGGGCCCAGGGGGGCUAGAUGGUGGUUUUAACACUAUAGGGUCAGGAAUACAUUUGUGUUCCUGACCCUAUAUUGAUCCUUUAAGGCAAAAUGAGCACAUUUUUCCAGUUUGGCUAUUUUAGCAGAAAAGUCAGUUGUUUCCAAAUGUAUAUGUAAUGAAUAUACACAAUGUUUAUCUCAGAGCACAUGUGGAGAAGCUUAAAAAGGAAGAGCUCUACCAUGAACAGCGCCGACUCUACACCCUGCAGAGAGCCCUGGCAGACACCAAAAGAAAGGUAUGCUUGUUUUCCUAUUGCCCAGGAAAUGCAGUACCAUGUGCUGGGCAGGCAUAUUUGUAUUCUUUAAACCAAUCCCCAGGGAAGCAGCAGGGCUGCCUGGAGGAGAAGGAGGGUUUGGUGUCGGGGCAGACAGUGAGUGGUUUGCACCUCUGGAGAGGCCCAGCAUGCACUGUAUUCCCAGCAUGCACUGACACACUGAGCACAAGGCAGUGAGGGAGCAAUUACAAUAGUCUGCACCUGCUGGAGGUUAAGGCCGCUUGCAAACCCCUUCAAGACCACCAAAAAAACAUAACCAUCAGCAUGGCAGGGGAUGGAGGCUUGGCAAAGUACCGCACCACAUACAUCACAAGGGGAGAGAAUAUAGUAAAGGGUGAGACACUGAUGGUAAUUCACAAAACUCAUAUUUAUUACAAAAUAAAAUGUGGCAAAACACAGGCCACAAAAAAAUAAUCCAUGUCACUAUAGUGGAGUUAGAUAAUCUUUCUAAAUCAGCUAUUUUUGCCUUGGGUUUUUCAUAUAGUAUUAAGUUGUAAAUACAGAGAUUAGUAAAUAGUCCCGUCAAUGUCAAUGGCCCAAUCCUUGUUAUUGGAUUUUUGUUGUGUCACCACAAGUAGAUAAGCUUUAGUCUCUUGUACAAGGAGAUUUAUUUAUUUUUUUAAUUAAAAAUAAAAUUGGAAGGGGUGGGGCCUAACCGCCAACAUGACUGAACAUGUUCCUUUCUAGCUGUGACACAUUCAAGCAAAAAACAAGCCUUUUGUGCUCAUAGCCGCGCUGUCUGCAGACUCACAACAGUCUGUCCUGAAACUAGCAGGAACGUGAAGACACACGACGUGUGACGUUAUACUGGGAAUCCCUAUUGACCGCCCACGCGGCGUAGCCUGACAAGUGGCCUAGUGACAGGGAGAAGUGGCUGAUCUCCCGUUGCAGGGCCAGCCUCAUACAAGGAUCAUUCUUUAGACCCGCAACCCCCUGCCCCCCUUUGGACCAGUGGGGGAUAGCCCAGUUCCCACUAGGGAAACUAACCUCUCCACACCAACAAAAUCUCCUGCCGACUGUGUCUCCACACAGAGUGGCCAAGAUGGCCACCGCGCCCCAACCCCAACAGCACUCGCAGCGCUCAAUCCAGGCUUGGGAAGAGCACUUUGAAGCACAUUUUGACAGGAUCUGCAAAGAGUUCUGGAAACGCAUUGCUCGUUGAACCCCCAACAAUGUCUCUUAUGCGGAGCCGUGAUACCAACAGCAUUACUGGAUCGCAAACCCCACUCAGGGCUGGGAGCCCACAAAGAGGUCCUACCCACCGGGCACCUCGAUACACCCCUGUAUAUGUUAGAAGAGUCCUUGUAACUAUGAAUGGAAGAGGAUUAUGGGCCACAUUUGGCCAAAUGCAAAAAGUGUAAAAUGUUUCUUGGUUACCUCAUAGGCAUGUGCGUGGGGAAAAUUUUCGGUUCAGCUCGGCUUCGGGGUUUUCGCAAUUCGGCACUUCGGAAAUGCGACAUUUCGGGACUUCUAUUGCAGCCGCUUAGUAGAUAACUCCCUAAUUCCCGCGGUAUUAGGGAGUUAUCUACCAAAAGGCUGAAAGACCUAAAUUGGUCUUUCAGUCAAAUUUACUAAUACUGAGUAAAAAUUACUUAGGAUUAUUAAAUUUUGCCCCUACUUGCAAUACCGCGAGUAGGCGGGUGGGGCCCUAAAUUGGAAUAAGGGGGGGGGACCUAUUGAGCUGCAGGUGGGGGCCCUAAAAAAAAAUGUUCCCCCCCCCAGGUGACUAGGGGUCCCCAAACCCCUAGUCUCCCCCUCCCCCCCCCAAUUUUUUUUAUCCCUCUACCUUCCCCCCUCACCCUAAAAAUAAUGAGGGGGGGACCUUUAACCCCUUAAGGACUGAACCAAAUGUACACGUUGUGAACAAAACAAAACGUAAACAAAACCUGGCAUUUGCGCUACAUGUCUGUCCAACCGUAAUUAACCUCUUUCAUAUUAAAUGCACCCACCCUUAUUAUAUAUCAUUUUAUUCAGGGGAAACAGGGCUUUCAUUUAAUAUCAAAUAUUUAGCUAUGAAACAAUUUAAUAUGAAAAAAUGGGAGAAAAUAAGAAUUUUUUUUUUUUUUUAGUUCUACAUGACAUUUUAACUGUCAAUGUCAUAAUACUGUUUGCUUUUACUGCAAUAAAAUACACAUAUUUGUAUUCAGCAAAGUCUCACGUGUAAAACAGUACCCCCUAUGUACAGGUUUUAUGGUGUUUUGGGAAGUUACAGGGUCAAAUAUAGCAUGUUAUAUUUGAAAUUUUAAUUAGCCAGAUUGGUUACGUUGCCUUUGAGACUGUAUAGUAGCCCAGGAAUUAAAUUUACACCCAUAAUGGCAUACCAUUUGCAAUAGUAGACAACCCAAGGUAUUGCAAAUGGGGUAUGUCCAGUCUUUCUUAGUAGCCAUUUAGAGUCCAAAGUUAGCGUUAGUAUUUGUUUUUGAAAAAUGCAAAAAACUUUGGCCAGUGUUUGUGACUACGUGGCUACUAAAAACGACUGGACAUACCCCAUUUGCAAUACCUUGUGUUGUCUACUAUUGCAAAUGGUAUGCCAUCAAAGGGGUAAUUUUCAUUCUUGGGCUACCAUAGGGUCUCAAAGGCAACGUAACCAACCUGGCGAGUUUUAAUGUGAAAAAAAAUGAAACACAAGCCUUAUGUUUGGCGCUGUAACUUUUGAAAACACCAUAAAACCUGUACAUGAGGGGUACUGUUGUAUUCGGGAGACUUCGCUGAACACAAAUAUUUGUGUUUCAAAACAGUAAAAAGUAUCACAGCAAUAAUAUCGUCCAUGUAAGUGCUGUUUGUGUGUGAAAAAUGCAAAAAAGUCACUUUUACUGACGAUAUCAUCGUUGUAAUACAUUUUACUGUUUUUUUUUUUUUAUAAUUCUUUAUUUUUGCUUUGACAGACAUUACAGCUUGAAAGCAUUAUUGGGGCUUGUGCAUAAGCCUAGCAGCAAGAGGUACAUUGGUAUUUCAGUGAUACUGGAAAAAUCUAAUCAUUUGGUUAAGUAUACAUCUGUUGUGCGGCAGCUCUUGCUUUCUUCGUUGUUGACUGAAGCUGCAGUCCAUCAGCGUUUUUCCUUUUUUGUAAACGCAAUCAACGUCAAAACCUGGAAACACCCUAUUUGGUGUUUUCCUAAAGUAACUCGAACUUCUACAACUUAGUGUCAUGACCUGGUAUUCUAUUCGUCUCGUAGUUAUUGUUGUUCUCCCUCCCCACUCCACCCCCCGACCCCCCCCUCGCCCCCAUACUAUGGGCACCUGAGUGUAGCAUUACUUUUCUUACGUGGGCCGUGUUUGUGCUGACUGUUUAUUAUCUGAUCAUUUACACUUUGCCCUGUCCGUUGUUGGGUCUUUGGGCCCUCCGCUGCGUCUUCCUCCCACCAUACAUUUACCCUUUGUCGUGACUGUAAGUCCCCUUUGUGAAGAGCGUGUUAGAUACCUAGUAAUUUGCUCUUGCGAGCCCCCCUGGUUUCAGAUUGUUAUAAUACUUUGGGCUUGUGUGUUAGCCCCCCCUCAUCCCACCUCUUUAUUUAUUUUCCGUGCAUAAUUGCCCUCUUCUGUGGGGAGAAGGCGGGAAGAGAGGAGGACGGGAUUAGUUUGGGUGUCAGGGAAGGGCGGGGAGGCAGCGGUCAUCAAAAAAAAAAAAAAAGGGGGGGCGCGCCCGCUGCAUAUGUGUGUAGUGGUGGGUGUCACUUUGGUUGGCUCUAGUGUCUCAUGGUGUGCGCGCCAUUCUUUCUUGAUAUUCCUCCCACGGUUGCCACACCUUUGAAAAAGUGCCCAUGGUGUUCCGUACCUGCGCUGUCAAUUUGUCCAUGGUGAAAUUGUCCUGUAUUUUGUGAAUGACUUUGCUCAUAGGGGGCAUGUCGGGGCUUAGCCAUUGUUGGGUCAGUGCUCUUCUGGCUGCUAGGGUCAGUUUGUUAACUAGUUUCUGUUCUUUUGUCGUCAGGUCAUCCUGUGGUUUGGCUAAUAAAAAUGUCCAUGGGUCUCUGUGUAUUGGUCUCUCCAGGACUGCUGUCAUUAAUGUCUCUAUUUCCGACCAGAAUUUCACUACCUUGGGACAUGUCCACCACAUGUGGAUGUAUGAUCCUCUCUCACCACAGCCUCUCCAGCAAGUAUCUGUGGUGGUUUUCCCGAUUCUAUAUAAUUUGGCCGGGGUGGCUUACCACCUCAGGAGGGUUUUAUAUGCCUGUUCCUGAAGUGUUACGCAUAUGGAGACUUUGGCUGUCGCUUCCCAUAUAUCCCUCCAGUCCUCCCCUUCCAGUGUUUGGUGUAGAUCUUUCUCCCAUUGGGUGAUAUAGGUGAGGGGUUCUGCGUUCCUCUCCGGGGCACUAAGUUGUGCGUAAAGCCAGGUAAUCAGUCCCUUGCGUGUGGUUUCUGUUAUGCAUAAUCUUUCAAAGCUAGUCAUUGGAGCCUUAGCUACUUCUCUAACUCUAGGAUGGUUAGCGAAGUCCCUUAGUUGUAUAUAUCUGAAAAAGUCUCUAGUCUGUAAUGGCGCUGUCUGUUUUAGUUCGUCAAAGGUUUUGAGUGUGUCUCCAUCGUAUAGGUGAUAGUAUCUCUGCAGGCCUGCGUAUUCCAGACCUUUAAAGUCCCUCGCCCGCAUACCUGGUGUGAAUGCCCUGUUUCUCAAGUAUGGGGUGAGAGGUGAGGGCAUUCUCGUUAGUGCAUAUUUUUGAGCGUUGGCGUCCCAUAUUUUAAUAGAGUUGAGUAUAGAUGGGCAGUCUGUGAGUAAGGGUGGUCUGUCUGCUUUUGGUACCCAGAUCCAAAACUGGGGAAGGUCGCUUCUCAUCACUAAGGAUUCCAGGUCUGCCCAUCUGCGUCUAUCUGGGGGUGAGUGCCACUCUAUUAUUUGGGCUAGCUGUGCCGACAGAUAAUACAGGUGAAGAUUAGGAAGUCCCAGUCCCCCUAGUCCCUUUGGUCGGUAGAGUAUGCGUCGGGCUAUCCUAUGUCUUUUGUGUGCCCAUAUAAAUUGGUCUAUGUUGGUUUGUAGGGAUUGGAGGUCCCCUUUCGUGACUUUCGUGGGCAGUGCCUGGAAGAGGAACAGCAUCCUCGGUAAUACAUUAAUUUUAAUUGCGUGAAGACGGCCUAUCCAUGAGAUCGGCUUCUCAUGCCAUUUUUCUAAGUCUUUUGUUAUUGUUUUGAUCAUUGGUGUGUAGUUUUCCGUAUACAGUCGUGAGACCUCUUUUGUUAGUUUGACCCCCAAGUAUUUGAUAUGUUGGUGGUUUAGCUUUAUAUACGUCAUCCUCCCUAUUAGCGCCGUGUCUUCCGCCGUCAACCCCAGCGGCAUGGCUUCUGAUUUGUCCAUGUUUAUUUUAUAACCUGCCACCUGGGCGAACUCCUCUAGUAGCCGGACUAGACUCGGGAGGGAGUUCUCCAGGUUCGUGAGAGUGAGCAGGAUGUCAUCUGCGUACGCAGAUACUUUAUACUGCUCUGUUGCUAUUGUCAGUCCCUUUAUGUUUGGGUGUUCCCUAAUCCUGUAAAGGAGGGGUUCUAGGGCUAGUAUGAAGAGGAGCGGCGAGAGAGGGCAGCCCUGCCUCGUGCCGUUACUUAGUUGAAAUGGUUUUGGGAUCGCUCCUGGUAUGGCUAUUUGGGCCUGUGGAUUCAUGUACAGUGCUUUGACCGCUGUGACGUAGUUUUCUGGUAGGCCUAUGUGGCGCAAUAGGGCGAACAAGUAAUACCAUUGGAUCAUGUCGAAGGCCUUCUCCCGUGUCCAGCGAUAGGACGAGAGAAGGCGUCCGAGUUUUACCGGCCCACCAGAUCAGGUCCACUGCACGUCUAGUGUUCUCAUACAGUUGCCUAGUUGGCACAAAGCCCACCUGGUCUGGGUGGACCAGCCUGGGCAGAAUGUGACCCAGCCUGAUGGCCAGGAUCUUGGCGUAGAUUUUGGAGUCUACGUUAAUCAGGAGAUGGGGCGGUAAUUGUUCACCUUCGAUUUGUCCCGUCCCGGUUUCUGGAUAAGAACCACGUUUGCCGUGGCGAGCUCUGCGUUAGGACACCCCCCCUCCAUCCAUUCCUGAUACAUUGUGAGGUGCUAAUUCUGCUCGCAGUGCUUUAUAAUAGGCCCCGUCAAACCCGUCUGGUCCUGGUGUCUUAUUGCCCUCUAUCAAUCCUAUGGCCCUGUCUACUUCUUCUGUCGUAAUUGGUGACUCUAGGUCUGUUAGAUCUUCCCGAUUUGGUUUGGGUAGGUUUAUGCUGGCCAGGAAGCUUGUGACUGCCUCUACGUGUUCCCUGUUGGUUUCAUCUUUCCCCGGGGAGUGAUUGUAUAUUUGCCGUAGGAAAUUGGUGAAUUCCUCGGCAAUGUCCUGUGGGGAAGUGAGGGGUUGGCCCUGUUCGUUGGUGAUGGAUGUGAUGUGUUUGUGUUUUUGUUUGGGUCUGAGGGCUCUAGCUAAUAACUUAUCCAUUUUAUUGGACUUUUCGUAAAAAAGUCUUCUCGAUCGGGUGAUAUCUCUGCUUACCUCAUCCAAGAGGAGAUUCUUCAGCGCAUGUCUGAUGUUUUGUAUGUCGUCUAGUGUGGGCUGUGUCGGGUUCUGUUUGUGUUGCAUUUCCGCUUUACGGAGGGCCUUCGGCAGUUCCGUUAGUUUUUCCAUUUUUUGUUUUUUAUUUCGUGUCGCUAUUUUUAUUAGGGUUCCCCGCAGGACCGCUUUGUGGGCCGCCCACGUCAUAGUGGGGGACAUUCCUACCGUAGUGUUUAAUUCAAAGUACUUGUUUACUUCUGUCUUAAGUAGCUCUAGGGUGUCUUGGUCUCUAAGGAGGGAGUUGUUAAGCCUCCACCUCCAGGGGGCCCGAGGCCCCGGUGUGUGGAGAGUCAGGGCAAUGUCAGCGUGGUCUGACCAGGAUAUCAUAUUUAUGGCUGACGAUUUUACCCAUCUCAUGCCCUGUUGAUUUGUGAGGAAUACGUCAAUUCGGGAGUAAGUGGAGUGUACUGCCGAGUAGUGGGUAUAGUCUAGUGUACCUGGGUGUUGCAACCGCCAGGGAUCCAGAAGCCCAGUGUUUUGUAAAAAUUUGUUUAGAAAGCGAUCCUGUCCUCCUCUACCCUGUGAUCUGGGUUGUCCUGGUUUGCCACUGCGGUUGACCGCGGGACACGGCGCUGCGUUUAGGUCACCCCCUAGGAUCAAUAUACCCCCCGACAAAGAGUUUAUGAGCUUUUCCAGGGUUGUCCAAAAGUGGGCGUCAGGGAUGUUAGGGGUGUAUACGUUUAUGAGGUGAUAUUUGGUUGCAUUGAUCAGCCCCGUUAGGAUUAUAAACCGUCCAUCCGUGUCUCUGUGUAUGGACUGUAUGACCAGUGGGCAUCGUUUGUGGAUGACUAUUUCUACUCCCUUUGUCUUACGGAGCGAGCGGGCCGCGUAUGCUUUUGUAUAUAUGUGGUCUAUGAUUUGAAUCUUGGAGGUCUUAGGGAGGUGGGUUUCCUGUAUGAACGCUAUGUCUGCCUUCUGUCUGUGUAGUUCCCUGAGUAAAAGUCUGCGUUUGUUUGGCACAUUAAGGCCGUUUACGUUGAGUGAUGUAAUUUUAAGUGCGAGUGGUGUGCUAGUGUACCUUGUGCCUCUUUGCCUUGUGGGUGCAUAAUCCGGAGCUUCUGCCUUGUUGUCGUGCGCCGCCCGGCGGUCCCCCCGGGGUGGUUGCCGAAUGUGCCUUGUCUCAGCGGAAUCGUGGGCCGGGGUAGGGGAUGAAAGAAAACAGGUCAUGACAACACAUAUUGGUAACCUAUUAACAUAACCCAUAAAACCUUUAUCCCAACUUAGUGGAGGAUGAUCCUCCGUGAUCCUUCUACCUGUCGGAUCUAAAAUCCCGGUCUUACCUCUCGCCAGGUCGAUCGGGGGUGGCCACCCGCCGCGUCAAGAAGUGUCUCAAACGGGGCGGGUGUACAGCCCCAGAGCACCCCCGCGAGGCUCUAAGCUUGUGUCUAACUUGUCGUGGGUGUUUACGACAUAGGGUGUGACGAUCACCGGCUCCUGUGAGCCUAUCUGUAUAGGUGUGUCCUGAGGGAGGGGGUGUGAAUGGCCCUUCGCCUGUCCUGCUGUUUUCCUCCGUGUCUUGGGUAUCUGAUCCCUCUCCCUGGGCCCUUUGGGUUUUUUUUUUUGUCUUUUUUAAACUUUUCCCUUACUUGCUUCCCCUCACUGUGUGCCCCUUUGUGUGGAAGUGCUAGAUGCGCAGUUGUGUCCCCUUGAACCUUUCCCCGGUGGGGGGGUGGAUGUAUGCCCUCUCCCACCUGUCACUUCCUCCUUCCAAGCCCUUGCCUAGUUACUCUGGCUUUGUCUGGUGGGAAACAGCUGGUUCAUGCCCGAUUUGAGCGUCUCCUACGAUAGGGGGCCCUCUGCCAGCAGUACUAUGGCCGAUGGUUUGGUCUGGUCUAAGCCUGUUGCUUUUUGAUCAGACACCCCGGAGUAUAUGUGGGAUGGCUUGUUGUUAACCCCAAGAGGGUCGUUAAAUAUACCAUCCCCCCUAAUGUUAGCGAGUUUGCCUGCUUUUUUUUUUUCCCUUCCAAUUGUAUAUGGAGUGGCUAUAUUCGUACCCUUCUCCAUUCGGGUAAUCUCCCCCUCCUUCCCCUCCCUAUCUUUCAUCAGACCCCAUGUCCCCUCUAUCCUCUACCAGUUUUCAAUUUUAACUAUGUCCGCAAUGUCCCUAUGAUAUGAUGAAUCAUAUAUAUCAACUUGCGUGUUGUAUUGUCCAUGUUGCGUGUCCCUCAGGUACGGGUCGCUAUCUUUGGUGCCUAUCUCGCUCUGCGUUCCAGCCAUUCCCUGGGAAGCAGUCCCAGCGCCCUGGGCCCCCUCGGUGGUAAGGUCAGGUCUCCCGGUACCUCGAUGCCCAGUUCUUGGAGGACGCCUCUGGGGUCCAUGGAUGGUGUCAGCACUGUCGGUCUUGGGCCAUUAAAGAUGAGCAUCUUAAAGGGGAAGCCCCAUGCGAAGCGCAGGCCUUUGGCUCUGAGGAGGUCAGCAAUGGGUUUCCAUUCUCGUCUUCUUGCGAGGGUAGUUGGAGCGAUGUCUUGGUAGAUCUGUAGCGUCUUUCCUUUAUACAUGUAUGGCUGGAGCCUGCUUUGCUUGAGAAUUGCUUCUUUCGUGGAAAAAAGUGCCACCUUAUGAUGACAUCUCUGGGAGGGCUGUUUUGCGGUCCCUUAGCUCGCAGUGCCCUGUGUAUCCUGUCGAUGUGCCACAGCUGAUCUGGUAUCUGUGGUAGGCUGGUGCGGAAGAUCUGCGCCAGUAGCUGCUCAAGGUCUCCAUCCCCUACCUCCUCUGGCAGGCCUCUGAUGCGCAUGUUGUUGCGCCGUGUUCUAUUAGAGUUGUCCUCCAGCUCCAUUUCCAGUUCAGCGACCCUGGUGAGUAGUGCGUUUGUGGCUGUGGUAUUUUCAUUGUGUGCUGCUACCACAUCUUCCAGCCUGCUCUCUAAGGCCUCUGUACGAAUGCCUAUGGCCUGGAUUUCUGCCUUCACCUCCCUGGCUGAUCUGUCUAUCUCCCCUGCCAGGUACCCCUUUACCUCCUCCAGAGAGUGGAGUAUAGCGUUCUGGGGGUCCUCCGUGUGCCCAAAUAGGGAGGAUGUCGGCGUGGCCGGUGAGCCAGGAGUGGAGGUGCCCGUCGGGCUUUCCGCGCCAUGUGCACCACGUGGCGCGGGCUUAAUGGCGGCCAGCAUGUCUGCGACCGAUUGAUUGCCGCCACGCUGUUUCUUCCCCGCCGCCUUCCUCUGUGACAUGGUGCUCGGGGAUCCCUGCGAGCUUGCCGAGACUGGCGCUGUGUGUAGGGGUGAAUUGCAGGUUGAGAAGUGCAGGUUGCCGGGCGGGUUGCAGAGCCUCUGGUGCGGAGCUCCGGAGUUAGGCUGCCAUCACUCUCGGAGUCCAAGCCACGCCCCUACAUUUUACUGUUUUAAAACACUAAUAUUUAUGUUCAGCGAUGUCUCCCGAGUAAAACAGUACCCCCAUGUACAGGUUUUAUGGUGUCUUGGAAAGUUAUAGGGUUAAAUAUGGUGCUAGCAAAUUAAAUUCCCUAUACUUUCGGAAUGGGUUGUUAGGCAGGUCCCGCUAAUUGUAAUUAAUUAAAAUACCUAACUAUGUAAAAAUAUUAAAUAAAUAUAUAUGUAGAAUUAAUAUAUGUGUGUGUGUGUGUGUGUAUAUAUAUAUAUAUAUAUAUAUAUAUAUAAUUUGUAAAAAAUAUUUUAAUUUAUACAUAGGUGUGUGUGUAUAUGUGUAUUAAUAUCACAAUACAGUUAGAACGAAAUAAAACACAUCUAUAUAUUUUUUUAAUUAUUCUUUUACAUUUUAUAUUUUAACGUAUUUACAUAUUUUUUAUAUUAUACAUAUAUAUAACAAUAAUUACAUAUAUAUAUAUAUAUAUAUAUAUAUUUAUAUAUAAAAAUACACCUAGACAGUGUGUGUGUGUGUAUAUAUAUAUAUAUAUAUAUUACUUAGAUCAUAUAUAUAUGAUCUAAGUAUAUUAUUAUUAUUUUUUUUUUUACACUGAUUUUAAUUAAAUUUUAUUUCCAGCCAGCAGGGGGACUGUCAUUACAGGCAGUCCCCCUGCUGGCAAUGCAGCAGCCAGCUAACCCAGCCAUGUGAUUGUGAGGUCCUUGCAAGGACCUCACUCUCACAUGGUGGGGGGGAUGGAGGAGGCAGGAUCCGCCACGGGGGACUCCCUGGGAUCCCAGGUGAGUCUCCCCAACAGCGAUCGCCGGCGUGUCAUUUUACACAGCGUGGGAAAGUUCUUUGGAAUUUUCCCACGCUGUGUAAUUUGACUCAUAACUCUCUGAUUGGUUACUUAAUCCACCAAUCAGAGAGUUAUGAGUCACAGGCUGCUCACUGUUUAAUAGACAUGCCCCUACUCGCGGUAUAGCGAGUAGGGGCAUAAUUUACUAAUACUAAGUAAUCUUUACUUAGUAUUAGUAAAUUUGGCUGAAAGACCAAUUUAGGUCUUUCAGCCCUUUUAGUAGAUAGCUCCCUAAUUCCCACGGUAUCUACUUAUUCAUUCCUGUCAUUACAUUGACAGGCUAAGUAACUUACAUUUUAUAUAAAUGUAUGUUACUUGAUUGUUGUAAGUGUUGCAAAUGCUUUCAGCUGAAUCCUGGCUAUGUUUGUAUACUUCUUAUUUAAAAUUGUAUACAGUGUAACAUUCUUCUUCUUUCACUGGGUAAGUAUAUUAGUACUUAGGCAACACUGUGUUUCGGAACUGUGGAAAUUCGGUAAUUUCGGAACCUCGGCAAUUCGGACAUUCAGAAGUACCCGAAUGUAUACAGUGUAACAUUCUUCUUCUUUCACUGGGUAAGUAUAUUAGUACUUAGGCAACACUGUGUUUCGGACCUUUGGAAAUUCGGUAAUUUCUGAACCUCUGCAAUUCGGACAUGCGGAAGUACCUGAAUGUCCGAAUUUCCCGAAAUAUGUCCGAAUUCAUAUUCGGACCCAAACGAAUUACACAUGUAUAUUACCUCAUUCUAUUCAACAACUAUCACUUAUACCUCGAUAUUAAUGUUGCAUAUCUACAAAUCCAACUAACGUCCUAUCUCGCUACUGCCUUUUGCAUCCAAGAUCCUUGAAAGAGUUGUGCAUGCGAGAUUGACAGACUUCCUUGAGUCCAACUCUCUGCUAGACCCGCUUCAGUCUGGUUUCUGCGCUAAGCACUCUGUGGAAAUGGCACUGACCAAAGUAUCCAAUGAUCUACUGGCUGCAAAAUCUCAUGGUCACUACUCUAUCCUAAUUCUCCUUGAUCUGUCUGCAGCUUUUGACACUGUUGAUCAUCAACAGCUUCUUCUCAUCCUCCGCAAUAUCGGUCUACAAGAUAUUGCUCUCUCCUGGUGUUCCACCAACCUCUCCCAGUGCUCUUUCAGUGUAUCUUUCUCUGGCUCUGCUUCUUCUCCACAACUCCUCUCUGUUGGUGUCCCCCAAGGUUCAGUCCUUGGUCCCCUACUGUUCUCCAUCUAUACUGCCUCCCUUGGUAAACUCAUUAGCUCCUUUGGCUUCCACUAUCAUUUCUAUGCAGAUGACACGCAAAUCUUCCUGUCCUCUCCCCAUCCUUCUUGACUAGUGUCUCUGACUGCCUCUCUGCUAUUUCUAACUGGAUGGCUGCCCACUUCCUUAAACUAAACUUGAGCAAAACUUAAAUUGUGGUCUUUCUUCCCUCAAGUAGUGUUACUCCUGUGCUACCAUCAGCUCCACCAUGCAGGCUCGCUGCAUAGGUGUUCUCUUUGACUCCGACCUCUCCUUCAAGCCUCAUGUUCAAUCUAUCGCCAAAUCCUGUCGUUUCUAUCUCAAAAAUAUUGCGCACAUCCGACCCUACUUAACGCCAGAUGCCACUAAGGUUCUGGUCCAUUCCUCUGUCCUUUCUCGCCCUGACUACUGUAAUCCACUUCUCACUGGUCUUACGAGCUCCCAACUUGCGCCGUUACAGUCCAUAAUGAUUGCAGCGGCGAGGCUCAUCUUCCUGUCUACCCGCACCUCCCCUUUCUGUCAGUCCCUACAUUGACUUCCUGUAAGAUAUAGGGCUCAAUUUAAAAUGAUGGUUCUUGCUUUCAAAUCUCUACAUAAUGCUGCUCCCACCUAUCUAUCCUCCCUAAUAUACAACUAUGUCCCUUACAAUCUGCUGAACACUUACAUCUAUCUUCUGUCUGUUCUCCCACCUCUGAUGCCUUCAAGACUUCACGAUGCCUGCACCAUUUCUGUGGAACUCACUUACCUCCUCCAGUAGAUGCUCACCCAGUCUCCACUACAAAAAAAAAAAUCAUUAAAAACCCACUUCUUCAUAAAAGCGUAUCAAUUAAACUGUUAAUAGCUCCCAAGUGAUUCCUCUCUUGCAACUAUCACAAGUCUAAUACUAUCCUUACCUUUUGUGUUAUUUUACCCCACUCCCUCUAGCAUGUAAGCUCAUUGAGCAGGACCCUCAUCCCCCUCUGUUCCUGUGUGUCCAACUUGUCUGGUUACAACUACAAGUCCAUUCGUCCACCCAUUGUAAAGCGAUGCGGAAUUUGACGUUUUCCACCACUAGUCUAAGCUCUCACACCUGCUUAAAAUGAUCAUCUGAAUUGUGCUAUAAGAGGCUACACCCUGCUAACCAAACGGCCCUUUAUAUUGAUAGCUGUUCAUUGUCUAAUACAGACAAGACAUUUGUUCCUGGCUCAUUCUGAUACCUGAGAACCUGCUUAACCCCUUAAGGACCAAACUUCUGGAAUAAAAUGGAAUCAUGACAUGUCACACAUGUCAUGUGUCCUUAAGGGGUUAAAGCUCUUUACCUUUGAUUCAUCCAAAGAACCUGGAUUAUUUCAGACUGGACUUUGUUUCCUAAUUGCUUUGGCCCUAACCUGCCUGGACUGUACAAACAUUCCUAUUAAUUGCAACUCUCCUGGAUAACCCUGUGCCACCUAUCUGAUAAAUGCUGUACAACCUUCAAACAAAAGAGACUGAUCACCUAAACUUAGAACGAACCUGAAUUCCAUAAGCCUUUAUUAUAUUCUGUUUAUUUUUGUGCUGUUAGUAGGUUUGCCUGUUACCUAUAAUUUCUCUUAUAGGUUUCCCGUAAACCUGCUUUGGGGCAUAUUGCCUAAACUUCUAUUUCUAUAACUACUCUUUCUUUCUUACCUGUAAUCAGUGGCUGCUCUAGACUUUGUGAGGCCUUAGGCGAAACUCAAACGUUAGGCCCCCACUAACACCUAAAGUGGAAAUAAAAAUAAACAGGGGUUGCAAUGGGUGUAUAAGGUGCUGUAGUUGUAUAGAAGGACAAGCUUGCAGCGGUGGAUACAGAGAGCAAGUCUCUGCAUUCAUUGUUCAGAGGCUUGCAGUGUUGCAGCUCCGUGUGCCGCUGUGUUGUAAGCUCUGACUUUAGUUAUGGCAUAAUUUUCCAACUAAAUUUGCAAUCAGCAACUAUACUAAUCAUUUAUACAGGACUGCAGGGUUUGAUUACAUAGCCUUGCAGUCAUGUAUACAUUGCCAGUGUGUGUGUCUUUGAGUGUGUCUGGCAUGGUCUACCUAUGUAUGUGCAUGAAAGUGUGUGUCUGAGUGAGCGUAUCCUUGUGUGAAUGUAUGUCUUUGUGUGUCUGGGACUGUAUGUGUUGGGUUGCUGCUUGCGAUGUUUAUGGGUGCUGCCUGUGAUCUUUGUGCAUGUGUGUAUGAUGAAUGUCUUCAGUUUGUGACUGUGACAAGGUGAGUAAAAGGGUAACACUGGCAGGGUGAGUGUAACAGAAUGAGGGAGGGCGAGAAUGAUAGGGGGGCGAUUUGUGACAGGCUGCAUGUGGUAUAGUUGGGGGGGUGUAUCACAGGGUUGGGGUGGAGGAGGUAGUGUAACAGAAUGAGGGGAGGUGAGUGUGACAAGAUUAAGGGGGUUAAGUGGCAGGAUUAUAUUAAAGUGGAAAGGUGAGUGUGGCAGGGUUGGGGGGGAGAGGGGGGGGGGGGAAAUAGUGUGGCACAGUUGGAGGGGCUUAUGUGUGUGGCAGGAUUGAGGCGUAAUUAAAAACACUGCUAAAAUGUAAUACACAAGCCUUAAAAUGUAUUUGUAUUGUUUACCAUUAUAAUCAGGACUGUUUUGAUAGGGCAAUGUUAAAAAAAAAUAAAAAAAAAAUACAUAUAUUUAAAUUUGUUCCUGUCCCAUUUUUCAGGAGCUUGCACAAAACCUUAGUUUGCUAUGCAAAUGAAUAUUUUAAACUAUAAGCAUUCUCUGCCUUGUCCUACAGGAGGGGAGGAAAUUGAUGAUUCGGUCAGAUCCGCCAUCCAUAAAAAAGACGACAAAUUAUAACGAAGAAAUGAUCCGAAGGAUGCAAGAGGAAGAGAAGUAUUUCUUCACUUAA